AGAAGCUUCAGGUUUGUGUUAAUGGUGCCCAGGGGCCUUGUAGUUUUGAUUUUUAUUUCCUUACUGUCUGCAGCCAUGGCUUAGAAAGAGAGAUGUCGGGGUUCCCAUGGCCAGGACCGAGGUGGAGGUGACCGCGCAUGGACUUUCAGAGGAGGCUGGGCCUUUUGCUCACAGCCCUCAGCGCGGGGCUGCUGCUGCUUUUCGGCUGGGUGACGCUUGCUCAGCCCAUCUCUCUUUCAGCACUGGCCCACCACCCCCACUUGUGCCAGACUAGCUGGGAUGCUGAUGGCCGCCACUACCCGGGUUUUUUCUGUCCUCGGCUGUCGGAUACCCCGGAGGAAGCUUACUGCUGUCACCUGCAGGCUGCAGGGGGCUCCUGCUGCACCCGGGCUGAAUUUGAGGCCUUGUACCAGGUCAACCUGUCCGCCCUUCCGCCCCCACCCCUCCUCAGGUGAGAACACCAGCCCCAGAGCCACUGGGAUCCAGACAGGGUGUUCCAGCAUCCGGGGCUCUGUUUUUAAAUUCUGGGGCGGAAGGCUUAGUACAGACUAGUGGAGGGGUCGACUUCGAACAGAAAAUCGCGUGAAUGCAUGAUUACAAACAGUUUUGUGGAGGAAGUUCAGGAGGCUGUGUAAGCGGGUAACGCUGCAUGCAUCGAGGGGCUGGGGCGGGGUGGGACGGGUGUCUAGACUAAGAGGAUUUUGUAGUCCGAGGAUUACACCCGUUAUGGGUGGGGUUUUCAAUCCUGAAUCCGUCCAUGAAUGGUUUCACGGCACCUGCGAGCCCUCUGAAUUUCUAGUUAGGAAUUCUAUAUUUAUCUGGGGAGAGGGGUGUCCCGAGCUUUCUCCGGACUCUAAGGGGCUCAGUAACCCAAAGGCUGCAGCAAUGAGCGCGCGCCUAGGGCCAGCACCUUGAUACUCUCGCCUCUCCCACAGGGGCCGGGGUCCGCUCCUAGCGCUGGGCCUCUAUACCCUGCUGCUCGUGGCCCUGAUGACCGCCGACCUCGUGCACUUCUGCCGCAGUCGGGCAGGGGGUCGGCGCCCAGGCAGCCUCGGGCCUCCCUCUGGGUCCUCUGCCGCGCGCCCCCUGC